AUCAUCAGGACAAGUUACAAAGACAAAGGCGUAUUGAGGAAUUAGAAGAGAAGAUGCUCGAAACACUUAAUGCUUUUACGAAUGACCAAAAGAAGAGUCCAGCCAAUCGCCAACCUAUUGGUACUGAAGAAGCGAAGAAGAGGCCAAGUUGUCCUGAGGAGGAAUUAGCUAUUCCAGAGCCAGAAUCAGCUCAACCUUUACCAUUCUGCGAAGAACCUGAGAUGCUGCAAGAAAAAGCUGAGAGCAAUAUCAAGCAGAAUGUCGAGACUCAACCAGACACAUCAGUUCAAGAGCAAAUGAAGAACAACCUGAGGAGCAUCUUACCUUUCCCAGGGAUGUUUGUGAAAGCUCAUGAAAAACAGGUUAAGGAUGCUAUUCCAAACGCUAGGAGGAGUUAUGCUUUUGCUAAUCCGUUUGAUUAUGGAUCAAAGGAGUACAUGGAUCAGCCAAGGUCAAAAAUGAAAGAAAGCAAAGAGAGAGACUUGGAUUUGAGGUCAAAUCCCUUUCAAGUGGAGGGGGAUGAUAUGAUCAUGCAUGAGCAAGGAGCUGAAGAAGAACUAGAACAUGAGCUUAACCAUACAUCAUUCAACUCGAUCGAGCUUGGUACUACACAUAGAAUCAACUUGGAAAAGGAGCUCGAGCUUGGACCGGAUGAAGCAUUGAUCAUACAAACAGGUCUUAUGACUUGGUCUAAAGCCAAGAAGAUGAUCUUUGAAGUUGGAGAAAGACUCCCAUGUUCUAUCAAGGGGAACCCACCAGACACAUUACUUGAGCAGAGGAACAUUCCCAAGGUUUUAAAGCAUCCUUAGAGCACAUGAGAAGUACUGAAAGGAGAGAGGAAUACACUCAAUUCAAGCCA